CGGCGCUGGCAGGUUACCCUGGGGGCUCUGCGCGCCGCUAGCUUAGAAGGCCCCAAAGAUGGCGAUGCUGGCAGAGCCCCGUAAAAAGCAGAAGUGGUCUGUGGAUCCUAGAAACAGCGCCUGGAGUAAAGAUGAAUCCAAAUUUGGCCAGAAGAUGUUGGAAAAAAUGGGAUGGUCCAAAGGAAAGGGUCUUGGGGUUCAGGAACAAGGGAGCACAGAGCACAUCAAGGUUCAAGUGAAGAACAACACACUUGGUUUAGGAGCAGCCAUAAAUUAUGAGGACAACUGGAUUGCUCAUCAAGAUGACUUCAACCAACUUCUAGCUGAACUGAAUAAUUGCCACGGGCAAGGUGAAUCAGAGCCCUCUUGCGAACAGAAGAAGACAUUCAGUCUUGAAGAGAAAUCCAGAUCCUCCAGGAAACGUGUUCAUUAUAUGAAGUUUGCAAAAGGAAAGGAUCUCUCUUCCCGCAGCGAAGAUGACCUGUCCUGCAUUUUUGGGAAACGACAGAGUACAAAAACUGAGGAGGACAACACCUGUGCGGAUUCUCCGGAAGAGGACAGAAAAGAAGACCAGGGGAUGCCCAACCCAGUGGACCAUAGUAAUACAGUGACCAGCACCAUGACGGUGCAAGAGUAUUUUGCCAAGCGCAUGGCAAAACUGAAGCAAUUCCAGAAAGAACCAGAGAGUGAGUUAGCUGAUCCUGGCACAACCGCAGCUGAAGACUUAGAGUCUUCACAAGGACUGAAAACCAAAUCCAAAAAGAAAAAGAAAAGCCGGAAAAAUGCUGAGGCAGAGAACGUGGACGGUUAUGAAGAACCAAAGAUGAAACGCUCCAGAACAGAUGGCUUGUGGGAAGAAGAACUGGAGAUAGCAAACACUGAAUACCAACCAGGGAAAAAGAAAAAGAAAGCUAAAGGUCAACGCAAAGGUGAAGAUGUCAGUUGUGAUGGAAAUUCUUGUGUUUUCCCAGGGAGCGGAGAAAUUUACCCUGGAACAUCUGACGGGGAAAAUCUUGGUGAAGACGACUCCGAGAGAAAGCAAAAGAAACCAUAUAAGAAAAAACACAAAAAGCAGAAAAAAGAGGCAGCUGAGUAUGUCGACGGAAUGCAGAGAAAAAAGAAGAAACGUUCAAGUUAACUUAGCAGUGUCUUGGACUUUGGAAUGAGUUAGACGUUGACAUGUUGAAUAUGAAGCCUGUAAAUGCUAGCCAGACAUCAAAAUGUAGUUCGUCCCAUGUGUAGCACUCUGUCUCUAUCAGUACUGAAACCUCAGACUCUUUAAACACAGCUCUUGUUGACGAGACAAUGUAUUCCCGCCCUGCCAUAGGUGGGGAUGAAGCAUGCUAUUAACUGUUGUACAUAACAGUGCUGUGGGCUAGGCUUUUCCCAAGUCUACUGUAGUUAGGCUCUGCCUGUGCUCCAGUAAUCAGUAGUUAGCCCGCCCCCACCCCACCCCACCCCACCCCCUGCCAGCAAGAUCUAUACUUUAGCACAGUGGACUUGAAUCUACUCUCGCUUACACUGGUAUCAUUUCACUGAAGUCAGUCACCAGUUGCUAGUGUGAGAAAAGAACAGGACUGUGUUAUAAUAGAAAAUGCCUACAGAUCACUAAUCCAUCCACUGCCCUCUUCCCAGCCUUGCAAAAAUUUAAUUCAGUUGCAUUUUUUUAUCAUCCCGGUUUUCUUUUGUGCCGAUGCAGUUGCCUUCUGUGAGUCUGAGCAUGUACCAUAUAGAUGUGUGUAACCUUUUCAUUGAUUUCCUUUUGCAGCUAAAAUGAAUUUUGCUUCCUCUUAAAAUGCCUGCUCUAAUUAAAGGAUUGUGCCCAUGUGUCAGUGCAAGAGAAUGGAACGAAAUAGUUCCUUUUGUUCCCUAGCCAGUAGUUAACUAUUGCCGGGGAGGUAUUUUGUUGUUACAGAGCUACACAAGAAUUCUUUUUAGUAGCCUUGGCCGUGUAGCUUAACUUUGAGUUUCAGGCCACAAUUCUGGUAUUUACAUUGACCCAUUCAGUGUUCAAAAUGUCACACGUGAGGAGCUUUGUAGGUGGCAUACCUGUUAGCAAAAUACUUUAAACAAAUGUAGCUGUUCGCAUGCAUUGAGGGAAGGAGUUGCCAUUUGUACAAGGAAAACCAAAUUGAUUAGUACAAUUUAGCUAUUUAAAUGUAUUUUUUAAAAUUGGCUAUACAUUUGAAAUGGAGGACAGCUAAUGUUGGGACACACGACGCCCGUGUACACCAGUGUAAAGGCCGAGGACCAGAUCCUGGCACACUUACUCAGAUAGGGUGGUGGCAUCACCAAGAGAUACUGGAGUAAGGGUGGCAGAAUCAGGGCCUAAAGAAGCAUUUUCCCUUGGACCCUUUUACAAACCUUGAGCCUGAUUCUGAUUUCAUUUGCACCAGGGAGGAACUCCAUUGAAGUCAGGAGAGUUACUCUGGAUUUCAGUCAGUGUAACCAAGUAGAGCUUGGCUUUUAAUAUUGUUUUAUUCCAACUGUGCAUUUGACUCUGGGCCAGAGUCUCUUUAUGUCACCACUCUAAAUCUGGAGUAACUCCACUGGCCUUGUCCUGACAGAUAAAAAGGGAGGGUUUGGUUUUUUUUUUUUAUUGUGUUUGCGUAACAUGAUUGAAAACCCCACUGUGAUGCAGGCUAACAUGUAUGAACCUGCAUUAGCUGGCCGUGCUGUAGCCUGAGAAAAGCCUACGCUGCAACACGGCUCAUUAACAUUGCUUCAGACCUGUUAGCCUUCAUCUCAAUGGGCCUUUGCAACUGUGUCAAGCUAACACAACUGAAAAAUGCAGCCUCUUUGCCCAUCCAGACAUAGCCAUUUCCUGCUGUGGGAUUACUCCAGAUUUACAUCAAUGGAACGGCUGUUUUGGCCGCCUCUACAUUCCACACUGUACUGUUUGCCUUUUAAUCCCUGUAACAUUUACUUUUCAAUGCUAUGCAAAUAUUGGCCAUCAUGAUGCUGCUUUGGCUGGUGCUGGUACAUGGCUUUCUUAAGCAACAUGUCACUUACACAGUGUGAGUCCAAAUAAACUGCAGACCUG